AUGGAUGGGGUUUUGUUGAUGAAUGAACUUCUUGAUUGGUCCAAAAGAUAUAAGAAGAGUUUCUUUUUGCUUAAGGUCGACUUUGAAAAGGCAUACUACUCUGUUUCUUGGGAUUACCUUAAAUUGGUUUUUAAUAAUAUGGGGUUUGGGGAUAAAUGGAACAUAAGGUUGGAAAAGUGCGUUUUCAAGAGUCAUAUGUCCAUUUUGGUGAACGGUAGCCCAACAAAAGAUUUUAUGGUUCAUAAGGGGUUGAGGCAAGGGGACCCUUUAUCUCUGUUCCUUUUCGUAUUAGCUAUGGAAGGAUUAGCUGCUUUAGUGAGAAAAUCGGUGGCUUUGGGUGACUUCAAACCAUUCAAGUAUGGCGAAGAGGAGAAAGUGGAAAUUUUACAAUUCGCGGAGGACACCAUCAUUCUUGGAGAACCUUCAAGCGACAAUCUAUGGAGUUUGAAAGUGUUGUUAAGAGGGUUCGAGACUGUUUCGGGUAUUGUGGUGGGCGCGAAUCCUAUAAGGAGGAAAGUGUGGUUGAAGGUUCUCAAUAACAUCAAAAGUAGACUCUCUUCGUGGAAGGGUAGAAAUAUCUCUAUAGGAGGUAAAGUGACGCUCAUUAACGCGGUCCUAAACGCAAUUCCUUCCUUUGCGCUUUCUUUCUACAAAGCGCCGGGAUUGGUCAUUAAGGAAAUAAGAAGUCUUAUUAUCAGUUUCUUAUGGCGUGGCAACGCGAAUAGGAGAUGUAUCCAUUGGUUUAAUUGGGAUACAGUUUGUAAACCAAAAGAGAUGGGUGGAUUGGGGAUUAGAGAUGUGGGCGAAAUAAAGAAGGCGCUUCUUCUCAAGUGGAAAUGGAGAAUCCUUACGGAAGACAAGGCUAUUUGGAGUAGGUUCUUAGAGAGUAAUGGAUUUAUGAGGACAGCCGAUGCAGCUCCUUUCAUCACUUCUAGUACUGUCAUCAAGGCACAAUGGGAGUAG